GGGAAGGUGGACGGACAGAAUGGCGACCCAGUGCCGGAGCUCCAAAUGCACGGCCGAAAGAAAAGGAUUCCGGCGGGAACUCGACUCAUGGCGGCACAAACUCAUCCACUGCGUCGGGUUUGAAAGUAUACUAGAGGGAAUAUAUGGACCAAGACUGUUGCAGGAUCUCAAUAUAUUUGAUGAGUGUGAACCAGAGGCUGUGGAUGAUUGGUCCGUGGAUGCAAACUGCGCUUUCUGCAACCUGCAGCUAGAGAAACUAAAUGACCAUUCAUCGGCCGUGGCCGUGCCCGGGUCGCCAACCCAUGCUGAAACCCCCUCACCUCAGAGCCUGUCCACCUCUGAAAAACUCCAGUGCCAAGCAGACCGAUUCCUUCAUGCUAUAUUUCGCAAGAAGGAAUUCCCUCAGAGCUGCGAUUCCAGUAUACCUUUGGUGGCGCAGGAGUUGAUGCGCAAGAUGAUUCGGCGGUUUGCAUUAGAGUACGCUUCUAAAAGUCAGGCUCACGAAGGCCUGAACAGCCUAAGUGACAACUCUGAACGUCUCCCUAAACAACCGGAUUCUGAUGGGCCCUUGGACCUCACUGUUAGCCGAGCUUCCCAGGCCCUGCAGCAAGCAGAUGGAGUACUUGAUCUUUCAAAGAAAAACUCUUCAGAAAAUGCAUCCAUUCAACAAAAAGUUUCAUGUUCCUCAGGGCCGAAUGAGGAAGACCAGCCCAGAUUGGGGAAGAAAGAUGAUUCUAAAGAUCCAGAGGCCUGGAAAGUUACUGUGUUGGAGAAGGUCCUGUCUUCGUUUUGUUCCCGCCAUAGACUGCUGCUUCAUCACAUUUUAAUGGAUAUGCAGGAAGACUACAACAACUCUGUAACUCUGCGGGAUGUUCACAGACGACAAUUCAAAGCUGAGUCCCUCUGCUGCAAUGCUGACAAAAAACUGCUUAAUGAAUCCCCUAUACUUGCAUUAAAUGACUGCUCUGUAACUGCUGGCACUUGUUACAGAACAGCUUGUAGAUUUUCAACAUGCACUAUUCCUCCUAUAUGUGUUUGUCUGAAGAACAUUCAUAGCCAGUCUUGCCAAAAUAUAGCUGUGGCAUGUGUUGGCCAAGUUAUGUGUUAUAACCCCACUGUCUGUUGUACUCAUUCAAAAAUACCCUUGUGCCAGUAUCAGCAAAAUAGUGAUCACGCCUAUGUUUGUUGUACAAGAAGUGCCCCAGUCACCAGUCAGAACAACUGUAACUCUCAAAAUGGAUCCAGAGGAAGCCGUAGCCCCUCUCCACCACCACUCUCACCAAAGCCUGUGGACACAGAGGGUAAAAUGACUGUCAAGACCAGCAUCUUCCACCUUCAGGACUGCAAGACCUUGAACAUGGCACCACCUUCUCUCCUACCUCACAGAACAGAGGAUGAAGACCCAUCUUGGCACUCUAACACUCCUAUUCGUGCGGGAUCUCCUGAUUGCGACAAGGUUGUGACAUCUCAUACACAAGCAGAUAAAGAGAAUGACCAGUGUGGAUCUUUAAUAGGAGAUCUAAUGGAAAGGGUCACUGAAAAGCUCAGGAGUAUCCAGCCAUCAGAGAGAGAACAGAGCCUUGCCAGUCAGAUCUCCAAGACAAGAGAUGAUACACAUUUGACAGAGAUUAUAACAACUGUGCUGCACAACAGUAGCGACAAAGAUUACAACCUCAAUGAUCUUUUACAAAAGCAUGGACAGCGAUCCCCUCAGACGCGUUCCCGUAGGAGAUUGGACACUUUAGAGGCCAUGAGCAAGUCACCUGACCAUUUGUCAUCAAGAAGACAGAGCUUACAAAUCAAAAGAGACUUGGCCAGACUUAGUCCAUCAAAUUUUAGGACUAAGAUAGGGUCUGAGAGAAAGAAGAUAAAAGCUAUUACUCCUUCUACACACUCUGGUGUUGAACAAAAUGUAAGCAGACUAGUGGAAAGAGGAUCCAAAACUGUGAACACAGAGCUUCCAGAUUCCAGUGGAAAUCUGACCACACAAAAUGAUGAGAUCCAAAAUGAUCAAGAAACUCAACCCCAUGAUGAACCAUCGUCUCUCGAUGAAAGGACAGAAGUACAAGCAACUGACCUUCACCAGAAGGUGAAAACAAAAACCUGUCAAGAAACAAGUCUGACUGUUCAAAUUGGAAGGUCCAGACGAAAUAUUGUUCCACCCCAGCGUUUCUCAUCCUACGUCACUGAGCCACGAAAAAUGUAUUUUGCAGCUUGUUUUUCAGAAAGUAUAUUCAUCAAGCAUUUCCCUGAGGACAGCAGCUCAACAGCACUUUGCUCCACAGAAGAAACUGUCCAUCCAAGUGAUAAACCGCCAUUAAUAACAGAUGAUGAAAAACAAGGCUGUGAUGUGCCUCAGAACAUGGCUUUAGCGAAAUAUGACAUUUUGUGCAAAGAAGAGACCAUUUGUGAGCAUGAAAAUUGCGGAAGGAAUCCACACAAAACGAGUCCAAAGAAAAGGAAAAUGCACCCGAAUUCCACAUCCCCAUUAAAAAGAUCUAAACCCUGUAGAAGUAACAGUCUAGACACUGUGUCAAGCACUCCUACUGAAACUGUGCCUAACUCUACUACCACUGAGAGUGUACGACAUGCUAAAGAGAGCCAGAGAGGACUGAAAUAUAAUAGUCCAAUAAAGCUCAUGUUUGUUUCCUCUGAGACUGGUGAAGAUGGCAUAAAAUAUACACUCAAAGCAGCCACCUCUGGUUCAAAUUCACAAGAAGUGUUUGAUCCAUGUGUGGAAUCCUCAUGGGAAGGCUCUGUCAUUGAUAAACAAGUUCAGGAUUCAGGUGAGGUCAUUGAACCUGCUCUUGAGGGUUCACCAAUAGAAGUUGUCGAAUUACCACCCAGUUGUUCAAACAGUGAAAGCGAAAAUCUUGAAUCUAUACAAAUUGCACAUCAAACAUCCCCAGUAAAAAGACGACCUGGCCGCCCUAAAAAAUUAGGACCACAUAUUGUGAAGUCUGUGAAACGUCCUAUUGGAAGACCUCCAAAACCCAAAAUGACAGAUUUAGAUGUUUCAACAGGUAAAACUGGACCCAGCGUGGUGGAUCGUAGAGCAACUGAGAUUUCCCAGAAGGAUGACGGAAACAAAAAUCUAAAGAUUACCAUAGUGUAUGGAAGAUCAAGAAGGGCAAGGAGAGUUGUUUCUGAGGAUUUUGGUCAUUUGUCAGUGUACCAGAAUGAUUGUGGGUUAUCUAAAGGUGGCAAGUGCAGUAAAGCAAGUUCUGGAAAGAAAACUAGCAAUGAUCAAAUAACCAAAGAACAGUUAAAGGACCUCCAUUUUGUUAUGCCUGUCGAAGAUAAGAAAUGCACAGUCUCUUCCAGCUGCAACAUUAAAUGUCAAAGGCAGAGUGACGUGGCUGUGUUUAGAAAACCAGGAAGACCUCCUAAGGUCAAGAUUUCUGGGAUUUCUGUCACGGUCAACUCAGAAUCACCAAGGCAAAGAAAGAUACACAUGAAAAGGGAUACAAAAGAUUCGCAUCUACUCCGAAGGAAUCUUCUUGUCGAAUUUCUACCUUCCAAAGAUAAGACAUUGGAUACUCCUACUGACAGUCCCAAGGAUGCACUGACUGCACCGGGAAAAUGCCCUCAGAAUCCCAGACGGCCACUUAAACCUGUGAGACAUUCUGUUAGAGAGCGCAAACCCUCCAUUUAUUUGCUUCAUUCUGUUGCUACUGCCAGGUCCUGCGCAUUAGUUUGCAGGUCACGAAAACUACUGCUAAAUAAGGCUAGCUCUGAGGCUAGCCAUCCUACAGAGAGCAAACAUGAAGACCCCUCAAAUGAUGCACUUUCCAAAAAGACCAAGAAUGUCAGUUGCAUGCAAGAUAUUGUCCGUUUUUCUGCAGUUUCAGUUGAUCCAAUUUUCUCAUCAAAUGACCAGGUUAGGUGGUGGCCCACCUCCGCAUCACCUGAGACCUUGAAUGAAGAGUUAGCCAGGAGGAUCAGGUUAAUGUCCAGUACCUGGGUCUCGGAUGUCCUGGAGGCCAACAAAGCAGAGAUCCAAACAAGUGCUAAACCGAAAACCUACGAGAGGCUUAAUGGUACUGCUAAGAAAUCUGCCGUCAAAAAGCUUUUUGACCAAAACUAUGACAUAGAGAGCCUCUGUACUUGGUUUAUGCAGACCACGGAAACUCAGUCCCUUGCGAUUGUCAAGAAAGCAAGUGUGCACAAUCCCAAGGAAUUCUUUCAAUAUAACCCCAGCAGACCCAAUUACAAAGUGAAUGUUUGCCCGAGUCCACAAGCAGAGCGCCUCAAGAAACACGUAAAAAAAUUUGCUAAAAUCGUCCCAAAGAGUCCGUCAAUGCACAAGGAAGAACAAGAAAUGUUUCGCAGGGCAAGGAGGUCACAAGCUAAGAGAAAGCUCUUCAAAACUCAUCCAAUUAAACUGAGAAAUGACAUUGGGCAGCAGUUGUCUAGGUCUAGAACCACAUGGCUUGUCUACAGUACAACUUUACUCAGAGCCAGAUUAAAGUUUCAAACCAGGACCAGAAAAACACGUCUUGAUAAGGCGCACAAAAUCUUCAUUGGCCAGAUGGGAACAAGGACUACAGGUGCUCAUACUAUUAAAUUAUUGAAAGAAAUCCAUAGCUUUGUUAAUAAGACACCCGCACCGAUUAUGAAAUUGCGCAAUGCAUUAAAGCAUUCAUUAAAAUGUACAGGUGUAGUCAGAACUUCUCGGAAGACGCUCGGGAAUUCGAAGGAAAACAGAAUUGGCUCCAAAGCUUUGAGUCCUGAAUCCCUGAAGGAGUGCAGGGUGUUUGUGAAAAAGAUGAACUCCCCAAACACAAAGUCAACGACAGAGGAAUGUAACAAUUGCAAAACACACUCUGAUGGUUCUUCAGAACAAGAGAAUGAGAGAAAUGGGGACAUUGUGGUGCAAGGGGUACUUAAAUCUCCAGUACCCUCAUCCCCAAAGUGUGAAGGAAAAAGAAAGGGAAUCAAGCGGAAAAGCUACAGUACAAGUCCAUCUCUCCCGGCCAAAAUGCUCAGACAAUCAAGGAGCAGCAGGGGUGUCCUGGGAGCAAGGUGGUGUGAUUUUGUGCUUGGGUCUUUGAAAUAACUUGGGGCCACUUUCCAGCAAGACAUUCUCUUGAACUGACAUACGGUGCCUUUUUAAAAGUGGUCUGGCUGAGUAUCACAAGCAUUAAGACGCGCAACCUCAGCAAGCGACAUGUAGCAAAAAAAACUUGACACUUUUUGCACUAUUAAAUAUAUUUUGUUGUUUUUGUGUUUGUAAAAGGUAUCGUUUCCUUUUAAAAUGUCCCACGGUUUUAUUUUUGCUGCAGACCAGAGGUAAAAAUGUUGGUUCCAAGAACUUGGAUGAAGGAGUAUGAAAGAUUUAAAGUUUCAUGAGCUGUGUUGUGAUAGUGGAGUCUCGUAGUUGAACUCUUUUGAGCCAUCUCCUGUACAAGGCAAACUUUGAUAUAAUUCGUUUUUUUAUUUCGCUACAUUUUACAAUAUUUUGUGUUGUAAGAGCUUUUUAAAUUAGAUUCUUUGCAAACACUUAAACGUUUAAAUCUGUCUAAUAAGUCUCUUGCUGUAAAUGUUAGGUCAGUGAGACCUAUGGCAGAAAGCCCAAAACGGUACCCUCAAAAUGCAUUAUAAAAACUUUCCUUCAGUAUGUAUUUAGUUUGUAACAGCUUCUGUGAAUUUGAACUGUUUGUCAAGUUCUUUUGAGCAUUAAUUUUGUUGAUGUUGCACUACCGAACCCCAAAUGUUACCAUUGUUCUUUCACAGACUACAACAUUUGUAAUAUGUAUAGCAUAUUUUGGUGCAGUUUUACUCUCAAAGACAAACUCAAGAUUUUCUUUUUUUUUAAUUAAAAGCUUUUAGUAUGAUCCAGAAGCAAAUAUGUUCCAGUUGUUUUUUUAAUACAAAACUUUUGUGUGAAAAUCUAUUGCAGUAUGUGACGCCUACCUCCUGAAACUAAUGGCAUGGUGGUCAUAACCUAAACUGGUAUUGAUUAUCGUAGUGAUACGUCAUUCAAGAAUCUCGUCACUGUUCACUGAGCCUGUAUGUUUAGUCUGACUCUUCUCCAGUUUAUUUAAAUACCGUAUUGUUAGUCCUAUUUUCCAACUGCUGUUGUUUUGACAAUUUCCUUUUUGUGGUUUUGUUGAGGUUACCUGAAUUAAUUUAGGCUCCUUGCAACAAGACUAGGCUAUCUGUGCAAUAAACCUAGUCAGUGCUACGCAUUGAGACCACCACAGAUGCAUUUGGGACAAUUUUCUACUGAAAAAAAACUAUGUAUCUUAUAUUUGUUUAUUCUACUAGUUCAUUCAUGAAGUUAUUUGUGGAGUAGAUUGUUUCAUUAGAAAAGGCCUUAUUUUCUAACACAGUGUUUCUCAACCAGGAUCCUGGUUUUCCACUAGGGGGUCUCGAGAUGGUUUAAACUUUUAAAAUGUGACCCAACCAGCAGUAACAAACUAGAAUUAAAUUAAAUUAUACCAUGGUCUGUUUGAAUACUCGAUUCUGGAAGGUGUAUUAAAACCGUUUAAUGCACAGGUAGUUCCGACAAAAUAACUGUCGUCUUCAGUUUUUUCUGAUCAAAAAUUACACUAAAGUUUUAACAUUUUUAAUUCGGCAAAUGACCGCGGGAUAAUCCAUGGCUAGGUGUGCAUUUAAGGAUGGUUCUUGGCGACGUGGAGGCCAAGAACCAUCCUUAAAUGCACACCUAGCCAUGGAUUAUCCCGCUAGCUGUGGAUUAUUACUUAUUUCAUAGUGCUUUGUUAUUAUACAAACCUGCGUCUUAUGCCAACCUCUACAAUAUCUUAUUGGGUAGAAAUUGUGAGAGGGGACUUUGAAGUCAAAGGUUGAGAAACAUUCUAGCUCUACAUCAGAUACAAAACCAGCACAAACAUGGAGGUUUUUGCACAAAUAUGAGCAGGUUUAAAGCUCUGUUUUAAAACAUGAAUAAGAGUGAGUGUAACGUUUAUCUGUAUACUUAUGCCAACCAUAUGCUGGAGCUCGUUACAGGCAUUGUCAGGAGACCUGUAUAUUAUUUUAUGCCAUUUUGAGGUUUUGGCCACUGUAACCUGGUGCUAUAUGUUGUACAUAUAAACGUAUAUAAAUUAUAUACGCAUCUUGUAUUUUCUUAGUGUUUUUUUAAUACAUGCCUCCAAGUGUCUUGAUCACUAGAACAAUAAAACCUUUUGCAAAUGU